UUUUAAAGCGAAUUUUAGUUACUUACUUUAGUCUGUGGUUGACAGUCGCUUUUAAAUUUUUAUAAAUUACAACUAGUGAGACACAAGCCGCUUUAGAAAACGCAAAGCAGAUGUUGGAAUGCAGCUAAAAGUACAAAUUUCCAACUAUACGCUUUCUUUUCAAAUGUACCGAGCGGCUUGCAUUUGAAAAACAAAGAAGAAAAUUCUGCAAAAUGUUGACUAUGGAGCCCUCUAAAGGUGUGGUUUUAAACACAAUGAAGGCGCAAAGCGACAAAGGCAAUCUAAUGAGAUGGCGCAAAAAGUUAUUUCGUAUUAUCGAAAAUAUUACUGUUGAACCUAUAGUCGGCGCAUAUAUAAUGCCGAGUGUUUUAUCAAAUUUGGCUACGCAAAAUUUAAAUUUGGAAAAGGCCUGUCGGGUCAAUAUGAACUACGACGAAGAGAUCUGUGAUGCUUUAACAAGACGGGAGACAGCAAAUUAUACUCUUGAGGAGGAGACUAUACAAAAAAUGGUUGCCCAUAUGGUGGCUUGGAAAACUGUGAUUCAAUCUGUAUUUCCCUGUUUACUAAUAUUGUUCUGGGGUUCGUGGAGUGAUCGACAUCAUCGGCGAAAACCUUGCAUACUUAUACCCAUCGUGGGAGAAUUUUUGGCAACAGUGGGCCUUAUGUUGUGCGUAUUCUUUGAAAAUACGCCAAUGGAAGCUGCCGGUCUUUCGGAAGCCAUUUUUCCAGCUCUUACCGGUGGUUGGUUCGUUAUGUUAAUGGGGGUCUUUAGCUACAUAGCUGAUAUAACUACCGAAGAGGAGCGGACUUUACGCAUUGGCAUAUUAAAUGUUUGCUUCUCCGUGGGCGUACCCAUAGGUACAGCGUUAAGUGGCGUUUUGCUAAAAAAAAUUGGCUUUUACGGCGUAUUUAGCAUAUCAGCCACUUUAUAUAUGAUAUCUCUACUUUACGGCUUCCUAAUUUUGCCUGAGCCUCGAGCUAAUUGUAAAUCAUCAGCUGAAAAAGAGAAAAAGAAAAACUUAUUAGCCGACUUCUUUGAUAAAAAUCAUGUUUUGGAAACUUUCCAGGUAGCUUUUAAAAAAGGUGCCAACAAAAGACGCAAACGUGUUAUAUUACUAAUGGUUGUAGUUAUGGUGGUUAUUGGACCCAUUUAUGGUGAAAUGAAUGUCAUGUAUUUAUUUACGCGUUACCGUUUCAACUGGAGUGAGGUUGAGUAUAGCAUAUUUAAUACAUUUGCUGUGGUUACGAGCCUUAUAGGUGUUUUAUUCUGUGUCGGUAUUCUGUCUCAUAAGUUAAAAUUGGAUGACGCUCUUGUAGGCGUUAUAUCAAGUACAUCAAAGAUUCUGUCCGGUUUCGUUUAUGCAUUUGCAACGGUGUCUUGGCAUAUGUAUGUUGGUGCUGUUGUCGAAAUAUUUAAUGGUACUUCCUUUAUAGCUAUGAGAUCAAUGGCCACCAAACUGGUGUCCAAAGAUGAAUUAGGCAAAGUGAAUUCUUUAUUUGGUGUCGCCGAAGCUUUAAUGCCCGUCGUAUAUGCUCCGAUGUAUAGCACUUUAUACGCGAUUACUCUUAAAGUAUUUCCGGGAGCAUUUUUUGUAUUGGGUGGUGCUAUCACCAUUUUGGCUGUAAUAAUAUUCCUGUGGAUGUAUAAUUUCCAACGUCAACAACUGCGCCAACUGCGUUCAGAUAGUAUCGAGCAAACUGAUAAAACUCUCUCUGCGAUUAACGGAAAUUCAAAUGAAAACAAUAACACAAUUGAAGUGAUUGCAUUUGUUAGCGAAGUAAAGGGAGGCUUAAAUGGAGCCGUUCAUAGCGUUUUUCAGGAUGGUCUUGAACGUGGUCUUGUAAAUAAAACUUUUGAACCGGAUAUUAUGAAUUCAAAUAAAAUUGAGCAUAAUACGUAUUUAUAACAUGUAUGUGACGAACAUGUACAUAUCUGUAUGUAUUCAGGUUUUUCACAAUAAAAGUGAGAGCAGUAGAUGGCAUUUUAAGUUUCUUCUUUAAUAUUUUCGAUUAAUGAACACGAU